AGGAAGAAAUCGCCAAUUCUGCUCCAGUGGAAGAAGGAAACAAGCUUUUUCCCAAUGGAUUCCCUGGCAACAUCAAUCAACAAAUUUGCCCUGGAGUUUAGCAAAAAGCUAGCUGAAUCUGCUGAGGGUAAAAAUAUUUUCUUUUCUCCCUGGGGCAUCUCAACUUGCUUAGCAAUGGUGUAUUUGGGUACCAAAAAUACCACAGCAGCACAAAUGGCCCAGGUUCUUCAAUUUAACAGAGAUCAGGACUUCAAAUAUUCUCCUGAAAGUGAAAAAAAAAGGAAAAUGGAAUGCAACCCAGGCAAAGUUGAAGAAAUACACUCUGAUUUUCAGACGCUCAUCUCAGAAAUUACCAAGCCCAGCAAUGCCUACAUACUCAAAGCAGCCAACAGGUUAUAUGGGGAGAAGACAUAUCCAUUUAAAAAUAAAUAUUUAGGAGACAUGAAAAAAUAUUUUGGUUCAGAGCCACAGUCUGUUAACUUUGUGGAAGCUUCUGACCAAAUCAGAAAGGAGAUCAACUCAUGGGUUGAAAGUCAGACUGAGGGUAAAAUCCCAAAUCUCCUAGCUGAUGACUCUGUAGAUUCUAUGACCAGGAUGGUCCUGGUGAAUGCCCUUUACUUCAAAGGAACCUGGGAACAUCAAUUUUCAGUGCAAAGUACCACAGAAAAACCUUUUAGAAUAAACAAGACUAUAAGCAAACCAGUGCAAAUGAUGUCUUUGAAAGAAAAACUUCACAUUUUUCACAUUGAAAAUCCACAAGCCAUGGGCCUUCAACUCUACUACAAGGGUCGUGAUCUCAGCUUGUUUAUACUACUGCCAGAAGACAUUAGUGGACUGGAACAGCUGGAAAAGGCCCUCACCUAUGAAAGAUUGAAUGAAUGGACCAGUGCAGACAUGAUGGAGCUGUAUGAAGUGCAGCUGCAGCUUCCCAAGUUCAAGUUGGAAGAGAGUUAUGAUCUCAAGUCAACCUUGAGUAGAAUGGGGAUGAGUGACGCCUUCAGCCAGAGCAAAGCUGAUUUCUCAGGAAUGGCUAUGGGCAGAAACCUAUUUCUGUCCAAUGUUUUCCAUAAGUCUUUUGUGGAAGUAAAUGAGCAAGGAACAGAGGCCACCGCGGGUACUGGGAGUGAGAUAGUUUUUCGGCUUAGACCUCUUAAGUACACUGUAGAUCACCCAUUCCUCUUCUUCAUCAGACACAACCAAACCAAGAGCAUUCUCUUUUAUGGAAGAUUCUGCUCCCCCUAAACCCUACAUCUCUCUUAUGGAACAAUACCAACAUACAGUGUGAAAAUGUACCAUAAAAAUGGAAAGCCACAAUUAUGAGAAAAAUUUAUUUGUAGUUUGACCAUAUCUUUUAUUUAAACAUUAAUAAGUAAAUCUUGAAAUAAUGCAGUUUAGAAAUCCUGCCAUAUCUGUAUAGAGAGAAUACAAUUUUUAUUUUUACCACCUAAACAACACUUGGUCUUAAAGUGACUUUCAUUUGCAUUUCAGAAAUACUACAUUGAAUAUCUCACAAUUCCAGAGCUACCUAUCGCUGUAUUAUCAUUGUCACUUAUAUUUCAUUUAGUGAAGAAGAAUCCUUAUGAAGGGAAGAUGAUAUUGAUAAAGAAAAGCCUCAAGAAUAUUAUUUUAAUUGUUUAUAUAUUGUCGUUGUAAAAAAAAAAAAAACAACCUUUGACCCUAUUUUGAAAAUACUUAUAUCUGGGACAAGAAAGUAGCAUGAUGGUUAAGGGUGCCGGACUCCUACAUGGCCAA